AUGACAUCGCCAUCAGCCACAACUACUUCACCGCUUCUUGAAGUAUUAAAAUUGCACCCAAAUGCUGCAGCUAAUAAAGGACAUUUAGCUUAUUUGGUUAAGCUCACUGACGAAUGUUUAACGGCAUUGAAUAAUGCCAACAAAAGUGGGAUUCCAAUAAAAUUGAAACUUGAAGCUCAGGGUGGACUUAUUGAAGUUGGCGGUGGAGAUUCGGCGGGGCGGUUUCGUUUUGCUACGCAACAAAUUCCUGGCACUCCAAGCUGUUGUAUCACUUCAGAUCGGCAUAAGAACUAUUCUCUUAGUGCUCUCUUUCAGUCUAAGAUUCAGGUUCAAGCGACAAACAGGUCGUUCGCUGAGACGCGUGAGAAGGCACAAAAAAUAGUAGAGGAGGAGAAAAGGAAGGCAUUGAAGGAUGUCAGCCAGAGGCACGACAGAAGAAGACCGGUUACGGUUAAGAGAGCCACUAAUCAAAUUGCUAUUGGUGCGCAGCGCCCAAGUCCCUCGUCAUCAGUGCAACAGAAACCUCAUUUAUCCGAGUUCGCAAAAAGCGAAAAGGCAAGUAUUAUCAUAUUAACUUCAAUGUUUAACUGUUUCGAACUCAUAAUAAUCUAUAGUUCUUCACGAUUUAUGACUAUUAAAACAAUUUUUUUUCAGUUAUCGAAUGGAUUGUCAAACGGGUCAAACGCUACAGGUCUCGCGGGCGCACGUUCAAUAGUACGAGCUGAAAUCUCUAGAAAACCUUUACGUAAACGUAUUAUACAUUUGGUGUUACUUGGGAAGUUUAGCACAUUUGAUGAAGUUUUGACACAGCUUCGGAAAGAUUCUGUAAAUAUGAAUGAAGAAAGUGCUUCAGAAAACUUAAAAGCUAAAGAAAUUCUUGAAGAGGUGACAGAAACUAAUCGGAAUACGGGUCGUCUGCAGUUGAAGCAGUCAUUUCAUAAUGAGGUUGAUCCUCGUUGGCCAGGUUUCACUGCAGAAGAGAAAGCAACAGUGAGAAAAAUUCUAGCUGGAAAUGUAGGAUCUAGUAAUUUUGCUCCUACGCGGAGGAAUGGAAUGGCGCCUCCUAUAGCUCCCUCAGCCUCACAUGCCAGUAAUACUAAUUCAGAAGCUAACGGUGGUUCGGCGGUUUCGUCUCCUAACAUAUCCAGUAGUCAAAAAUAUUCGUCAAAUACAUCUAGUCGUAAGUCGUCUCCUAAAACGCCAUCACCUGAUAAUUUUUCUACUGCUAAGAAAGUAUCACCUAAGGCUUCACCGCCAGAAAGCGUUAGUAGUAGCAAAAAGUCAUCACCAGCUGCGUUUACAAAUAAUACCAGUUGUGUAUCGGAGGAAACUUCCCCUACACCAGUUUCCACAGCGAAGAGGAAGGCUCAUGGCACGUCAUCUUUGGAGACAGCUCAGAAACGUGUUCACUUUUCUAUACCUGACUGCUGUGAACAGGCAAAACGUUCGGAGCAGAAUAAUGCUGACAAAAAUUUAGUGAGUGCCAAUUCCAGCGUUUCGUUAACAACUUCUUGUCAGCCGAGCAGGGAUUGGUCAAGGGAAUUUGGUGAAGCAAGAAGUCAUUCAGAGGCGUUAAGAUACUACGACUUGUUCAAUGCAGAUUACCCACGUUAUAUGAAAUAUUUUAAUCGCUUGAAUGCUGUUGCCAAUGAAUUUAUAGAGUUACAAAAGCAGCUAAAUGAAAAGCCGAAGCAUCAUGACCAUCAAGAAAUAGUGCGGAUUCUACAUAACAAAAUAAUGCAGUACAAAGCUGACGUCGACUAUAUUCGGGCUCGGCAGAUGCACAAUGAUCUUCGGGCUAAAUUAGAUGUUUUAAAAAAGCGCAUAAUUUCUUGGGAAACUGGAUGUGCUGAGAAUGAAGCGUCAGAACCUGAACUUGAGUCGCAUGCGACUGCUGACGGUAAUCUGAUGGUUAAGUGA